UUUCAGUGGCGGGCCCGCCAGACUCUGAAGAUCCGUUUGUUGAAGGAAAUAGAGAUGACCCGGUAUUUAUGGACACAAACGAAGGCGCUAGUAGCUCACAGGACUCAGACAAUUCGAGACAAGGAGCCUUGACAAUUGUCCGCCGCAGCAGUCAAAAAAAAAGCACAUACUCCGAAGAAUAUAAUAUGGCCUUGUCGAAAGAAAACGAAUCAAUGUUGGACGAUAUAGAUCUUAGCCUCGAAGGAAUGCCGUCGUUUGAUUCGUCAGAAGCUGUUGAUAAGGCAGCACUCAGAUUGCGUUGUCUGUUGCGCCACUUGAGAAAAGGAGAGAUAUCGGCCGAAGUCUUACACAAAAAUCUAUUUUUUGCUGCUAAAGUACUAGAAUCUGCAUUUUUGGACGAAGAGCAAAAUAGUUGCGAUAUGAAAAAUAGUCAAGAGGAACUGGAGGAAAUUUCGAAGUUACCAGAACCGUCAACUUCAUCGGCGGCCGUGACUACUUCGCCAGUUAUCCGACAAAAACGUCUCCGCGCACCCAUAUGGGCAAGAUGUAUUCCGUACGUGCAUGUUAAACAGCGUUUUCUAAAAUAUGCCAAAAAGCUUUUAUUCGUCAUCAUCACUUUGAUGUCCGCAUGUGAUUUGUUUUUUAGCCUCAAAUGGCGAUUGGCAGCGGAAGAGGACGACGAACUUUCGGAAGUUCAACCGGACGCGGUGCCGCAAGAAGUCAGAGACUGGCUUGCAUCCACAUUCACUAGACAGAUGGCUUGCACAAGGCGCAAGGGUGAGGAAAAACCCAAAUUCAAGUCGGUCGCACACGCCAUCCGCGCUGGAAUAUUCGUUGACCGCAUGUACCGCCGUGUGAUCAACGCUCCGAUGAUGACGUUCCCGCCAGACGUCAUCGAAGUGCUAAAGGACAUAAAUGAUUGGUCUUUUGACGUAUAUGAACUGAACAAUUAUGGAAAUGGGCAACCGCUUAAAUACUUAGGAUAUGACUUGCUCAAUCGCUAUGGAAUAUUCCAAAAAUUCAAAGUGCCAUCUGUAGUCAUGGAGAACUUUUUGUGCAGAAUUGAAGAAGGCUAUUCAAGACACAAAAAUCCAUACCAUAAUAACUUACACGGCGCUGAUGUUGCACAAACUGUGCAUUAUAUGCUUUGUCAAACCGGACUUAUGAAUUGGUUGAGCGAUUUGGAAAUAUUCGCCAUGUUAAUUGCAGCCAUUACACAUGACUUUGAACACACUGGAACAACAAACAAUUUCCAUGUAAUGUCUGGCACAGAGAUUGCACUAUUGUAUAAUGACCGCGCUGUGUUGGAAAAUUACCAUAUCAGUUCCACUUUCAGAAUAUUAAAAGAUGAAGACUGUAAUAUAUUACAAAAUCUCACAAAAGAAGAAUUCCGUGAGUUCCGUACAUUAGUCAUAGAUAUGGUGUUGGCAACAGAUAUGAGUUUCCAUUUUCAACAAUUAAAAACUAUGAAGCAACUUUUAGCAUCGCCGGAACCUUUAAUUGACAAAUCUAAAGCAAUGUCAAUGGUGCUACAUUGCGCUGAUAUAUCGCAUCCCGCCAAAGAAUGGGAAUUGCACUAUAGAUGGACAAGCCAAUUGUUGGAGGAGUUCUUUUUGCAGGGAGACAUGGAGAAAAAAUUAGGACUCCCAUUCAGUCCUUUAUGUGACAGGAACAAUACGCUAAUUGCUGAGUCCCAAAUCGGGUUCAUUGAGUUCAUAGUUGAACCUAGCAUGACCGUCUGCAGUGACAUGUUGGAAUUGAUUUUGGGUCCAAUUAAUUUGGUUAAUGCAUCCAAGGCUGUUGAUACAAAUUUGGUUGUUGAUGACAAUGAAGAAAAAACAGACAACUCCAACCAAUCGGACGUAGCUAUCGCAUGUACAGCAAUGAGUUGCAGCAUCGAAGAUAGCAAAGAUACAAAAGAAAAUAAAGAUGUGAAAGGCAGUAAAGAUGUAAAGGAAUCUAAAGAAACCAAACACACUGAAAACUCCAAUGACACACAUAACACGCCUUCUGCAAUCAAGGGCACAACACAAGACGAAACUGAAAAAGAUUCAAAACAAGAUAAAAACACUGAAGACCCCAAAUCAAGCAACAAGUUGUACAAAAUAAAAAAGCCAUGGAACGAUUGUUUGGCUGUCAACAAAAUGAAGUGGAAGGUACAAGCAGCCAGAGAAGCGAAACUUAGAGAAUCUAAGACGAAAUAUACCAUGCGUGACAUUAGAAUGCCACUUCCAGGUGAACUUGUACAAGACGAAGAUAAAUCGUCUUCAACAGAUGUGGGACAAAAUGAAUAAACGACCCUAAUGAAGUUUUGAUUUUUAGCCAUAUGAAUCUUAACGUGUAAUUAGACUCUCUUUCAAUAAUUCGAACAUAUUAGCAUUAGGUAUAUGUUGUAAAUAUUUAUUAUAGGUAGGUUACUCUUCUUAAAUUUAAGGCAGUUCAAAAUUGUUAAAAUUAAAAUAUAAGCUCACUUUUAAAUAGGUAGAUAUUUAGAUACAUUAGAGACAGUUAAUAUGUACAUAUUUGUGUAUGUGUUUGUAGGUGGGGGUGUGUUUGGGGGAGCGAGUUUUUUUGGGUACAUGCAUAUAUUUAUCUAUAUGCGUGUAUGUAUUCUUAUAUAAUAUAGAUAUAUGAUGUGUAUAUACUGCAUUAAUUAGGUUAAUAGUGAGUCUGUACUAUGUGAGUGUGUAUAUAAUACAUUUGGUUUAUGAAUGUUUGUAUGUAUUAUACUUAUGCAAUUUUGAGAGAAGGAUUUUUUUCAAUUAUUACUACCACUGUUAGUUUCUUCACUUUUAAUUUUUCAAUCAAAAUAUUCGCCUUUUUUAAAUCUAUUUAGGUAGGUACAUUUUUAGAAAUCAUAUUCCACAAAGGAAUGAACAAAUAUUUCAUUAUUUAAAAUAUUUAUUAGCUAUGAUGAUCAUAUUAUUUCUAUCAACAACUUAGUAUGGCACUAAAUCCAAAUUAUUUUUUAUCAUUAAUUUAAAUGUUAAGCCUCGUAUAACUUUAUUUGGUAUAUGUGAUGUAUGUAUGAUAAAUUGUACAGAAUUUAUAUCGACUAUUUAAGAAACUGUAAAAAUAUUAGUUAAAUGUAAGUUGUUAAUAAUAGUUAGUAUACUUAAAUCGCUGCAUUUUAUUUCUUGUAGAUAAUUUAAUACAAUAAUAUUACAUGUUUAACGUUCAAAAUAAUUAUGUCAUACGUAGAACAACAUUAUUGUUUGAAAUAAGCUGAGAUAUAUCAAAAUAUUAUUCUGCUUUGCUCAAUUAAAUAUUGGAAAACCAUUAAAAUUGUGUUUGCACAACAAAGUAUAAAAUUAGGGGGUUAGUGCAUUCCAAUUUUCAUUAUAAUGGUUAAAUUAUUAUUUUUCUCUGCCAUAAAGUUCAUUAUAGACAUUUUCGUUUCUGGUUCAUCAUCGUGCGCGAUGCACAUUGUUGGACAGUAAACUACUUCGCCAAGAUUUAAAAAUUCUGACAAAUUGCGUUAUUCUAACUAAAUCAGCUAUUCACAAAUAUACUACAAAAUUAUAAAAUUUGAUAUAAACGAAAUACAAAUUGUUCGCCAAAAAAAAAAAAUUGAAAAUUUGAAAAACUCGAAAAAACAUGUACAUAAUGAACUGUUUCUCGUUGUACAAUGUACAUAUUUUAUUAUAAAAAUAAUUAUUGCAAAUUUGAUUGUUCGAUAUAAGCUGAUUUAAGUUUAACAUUUCUAUUGUCUGUGGUACAUAUUAUAAAAUUACCUGUAGGUAAUAUCAUAUGAUAUUUGCAGGUUAUAAUUUAUGAAUUUCUAGGUACUUACUUUAGUAUUGGACACGAAGCCGUGGCGGGCAAAGAGAGCAUUUAUAAUAACAAAUAAAUUUUAAAAACAUCUGUAGGUACCUAACAAAGAUUUGAACAGGACUUUGCUUCUCAAAAUAGAGCAAUUGUUCCGCCACUGCCUUAGCUAAGUAGAUAUGUAAUCCUUAGGGCAUUUCAAGUAUACAUUAUAACAUCAAAAUAUCACGAGUUUCGUCGAGUUAGUUACUAUGAUGUACGUACUCAGAUGGAAAACAAUUAUAUCAUCGAACAUCGAGUUGAUUUAAUUGAAACGUUGUAGAUUAGUAUAUUAUUAUAUUAUUUUACAUUAUAACAUUAUUACGCAUUAUACAAUGUAAAAUAAUAGGUAUAUGGUUAUAUGGUAUAUUAAGUUUCCUUAAUAUAUAACCUUAUACGAUUUUGAUUUUCAUAGGGAUAGGGGAAGUUACGAACCAAUAAGUCGCAGAUCGGAGAGCGGCUUAAAAUUAUUUAAAAAUAUUUUAAAUUAUCACCAAGUAUACUCAAAUAUAGGUAAAAUAAUAUGAUCAUUUUUACUGAACAUAUUAAUUAUUGUUUGAGUUAAGUGGUUUCUUUUUUUUGUGGAAUGGAGGGGGUUUUAACUGAUUGCGCCUGAGAUUCCUGGUUUGAUUUAAUUUUCACAUAUAACAUUUUUUUUUUUAAAUAUUUUAAUUUAAGUUUAAACAAAAUUUAAAAAUUUAAAAAAAUAUAGUUAUAGUCGUUUUAUUCAGUAGAAAUAGUAAUAAUCUAUUAAGUGUUUUUUUUGACGAUUCAUUAUUCUAUUAGUAUUUAGUCCCUAAAAUCUAAAUGAUUAUAGAGUUAUUCCUUUGCUUCUAAUGACCAGAAAAAACUUUAUGUUUUCGUUGGUAUCUUAUAAAAUACCUAACGUCAGUUAAAGGAAAAAAAAUACCUACUAAAAAUAAUUCAUUAGAAUUUUAAUUGAUUAAUUAUAAAAUACAUAGGUUUAAAUAAUGUGUUAUUAAUUUAAAAAUAUUAAAACUGUGUGGAUUUAUUUAUACUACUACACAUAUUAAACAUAGGUGUAAGCACCUUUAAUCGUUGAUGUUGAUACAAUGGCGCACAAAUUAUACUUUUAGGUGUCCAAAAUUCUGACAUUUAUUUUUUAAAUGGCUGACCGAAUGAUUGGCGGUGAAUUGUGUGGUUUACGUACAAAUGAGCUAUGGGUAAUAACAAGAAAAUAUGAAUGAAUAAGUAAAUGUAUAGGACUUAAAAUGUUCGGUGAGCUGGUUGAGCUUUAAUUUGAAGCACGUUUUAAAAGGACAAUGUGCGUCAUGAAUGUUGAAUAAUUAUAUCAUAAACUUUAUAUUGAUGUUUUUCCAAUUAUCUUGAUGUUCUCUCAAAUAUAAUAUAGGAACUUUUUGUUUAAUAUAAUACUAAUUGUUUAAUGUAAUAUGUUAAAAAUAUAUAAUAAACGUUUUAAUUUCAUAAGGAGACGGGAAGUAUUGAGUAGUAACACAUAAAAAAUACAUUUCUUUUUAUGUUAUUAUGUAAUGAUAUUAAUUAUGUAACACGCGUUUAAAACAAUGAUCUUAGAUCCGACCAAAAAAUAACUAUUCACCCGUCCAUUAAUAUUGAUUAUUGUACAAGUAAACACCAGUUAUAUUGUAAUUAAUUAUUAAUGAUCAAAAUAUUAUAUAAUAUCUAUAUAAUAACUUUUAAUAAUAUAGUAAAAAUACAGUGCCAAAUUUGAAUAAAUUAAGUGGUAACAUUCACUGUUCAGUUUUACGCAUUAAUAUUUAACACAUAAUACAUUAUAGAUAAUAAAUGGUUCAGAAAUCAAUUACGUACCGUUGUAAGACUCUCUUACACUACAGGUGGUGUUUCAAUAAUAGUUAAUAUUGCUAUUUUCAAUAUACUAACUAGUGAUUUUUUUCCCGAUCAAUUACAUUUUCCUGUUGACCACCACUUAACUAAGAUCUAAUGGUGUGUACAGAAAUACUGUAUUUUUAAAUAAUAACACCUCUCGAUUAUUAUACAUAAAAAAA